GCCAAGGCCGCCGGUGCGGCAGGCGCGGUGCAGAUCGCGGCCAGGGCCCCCAGCGGGUCGGUGCUCUCAGAAUUCGCCGUUGUGCCGCACAACGAGUCUUUCGAACGGCAGCGGCAGGAUCACAUCGUCCGCACCAGUGCCAUCAGGUUGGAAGAUUGCAACGACUUAUGGGAGUUCUGCCGCAAGAAACGGCAGAUGGGGACAGGCUGGAGGCCCCUCGGGCAAACGGCCUGGCAGCACGCGCAAUGUGUGGACUUCGUGGAUUGCUGGCUCUUCGCUGAUGGCACUUCGAAUGCGGAGACAUCGACACCGCUCCAGAUCGGCCAACCUGGCGUGUGGUGGCCCGUGGUUGUGGGACUGCCGUACCCGACGCCGCCCGAUUGGCUCUUUCCUUACGCGUGCCUAGCUCUCGCCAAUGGUGGUGGCCGCAGGUGCUGGCUGGCCCACGUCAGCCGCCUGGAGGUGGCGCCGCCGACGAAAUCUUUCGAGUGCCCCCUCGGCUGCGACCGCGGCGCCGUCGAGUUGUUCGGCCGCGCCCACCAGCGACAUCGGCCGGGCGGUGCCGUCCGAGUUUUCGGCACUUUCGGCCCCAGCGGCGUCGGCGGAGGCGUCUUCUUCUUCUUGGGCGCCCUCCAGCGGUUGGUCGGUGACCCCGCCGGCCAGCUGGCGGCGGCGGCGGACGCUGCUGCUGCUGGGGGCCCGCGGGCGGGCGCUGCUGCCGGGGCGGCGGCGGACGCAGCUGGAAGCCUGCGGGCCGCGGACGGUGCUGGAGCGGCGGAGCGGCUGCGGAUCCUCUGGGGGGCGGCGCGCGAUGACGCGGCGCUCGUCGCCCGGCAAGCCGCGGCGAGAUGCCCCGAUCACAUCGAGGUGCGGACCCCGCUGCUGGACAUCACAGAGCACGCGCUUUUGGGCCGCAUCGUUGCACACGUGAGCUGUGAUUCAUCUGGAGAAGAUGCAUCCGCGUACGUGGGGUCCACCAGCGACCCCGCGUGGAGGUGGCAGGGCGGCCUGUGCUAUCGAUGUGAGCUGGUCGAGAAUGUAGAUUGCUUCAAUCAGAUCCACGAGGAACAGGCCCUCCCCAUCGGCCAGGGCGGUCGCGAGGAGCCGUACUCCGAUGCUCGUUUCAGGGCUGCGUUCACCAACCAGGAUGACAAUCAGGACAUCUCCAAGCUCGAGUACAAGUGCGGGUACAACUUGCUCUGGAUGCGCAUGGAAGAGGAGGCUGGCCCAGGCCACGACGUCCCGCUCAGCGAUAAGGGGAUCACAAAGCUACAGGACCACUUCUUCAGCUCCCCGACGCCUUGCAAGCAGGAUUUCGUCAUUGCUUUGAAGAACGGCGCCGAUCUCCCAUCUGCCGCGAAAGGCCGGCUCAUGCGGGCGUCGCCGCCUGAGCCCCUCCACGCGUGCACUCGGGCAGCCCAUCGCGAGUGGAAGGCUGGCAAGGGCGAUGAAGUGAUGGAGGAGUGGCGGAAAGUUUUUCUCACUGCGACCUUCGUCUUCAGGGUGAUUGAGAACACUGACGACGCUCACUUCGUCAAUCUCCAGUGCCGCCAGGACACCCACGCAGCUUACAUGGGCAUGAGCUACACGCUGGUGCAGAAGAUCUACGACAUCGUCUCGUUCCGCAGCCGCAAGGGUGGAGGGAUGACGCCGGCCCAGGUUGCCGACGCCUACAAGGCGUCGAAGGUGACCUUCAGCGGCGACUCAGAGGAGAACCCUACCAGCAACGAGUUCGUCAAGAACGCUCUGAACGUGUACGACAGGAUGCUCUCCGCCCCGAGGGUGAAGACAUUGAUUCUGGCUGCCCAGGAGUCGCAGCUGCCGAACCCCUUCAAGAAGAUUGGCCAGUUCAACGCAUUCUUGCACAAAGCUGUCACCGCGGAGCGCAUCGAGUGGGCCGCGGAACUACUCUUGGACCUCUACAACAGCGGGGGCAUCAACAUCGAGGACAUGGGCACCCGCGCCCUCGAGGGCAAGUCAGCGGGGAGCAGUUCCGGCGGCAAGGGCUUGAUCGACCUUCUCGUCUACAAGCAAUGGCUCCUGAGCUACAUGGUCGGCGAGUGGCUCGACGGGAUUGCCCUCGACUCCAACGCCAAGGUCGCCAUCCGGGACACCUGCAAGAGCAUUGCGCACUUCCGCUCGAAGGCGGGGUACGCCUACAAUCCGAACAUGAAGAAGCCCUCUUUCGCGUGGCGAGCUGGGUGGAGCCAGGCCGCGGAGAAGACGUUCGAGCUGAUCGAGGUGGCGGGCCCUGCCCUUUUCUUCAAGGGCGCCAUCUUCGGGUACGAGUUCGACAGGGGCAUCAAGUCUGCCGUCCUCAAGCGGUGCGACCCCAAGUCGUGCAUGGAGCAGGGCGACCUGGCCGAGGCGGCGAGCGCAAUCAACGAGAUGCCCGGCACGGAGGAGCGCACCCGGAAGGCGGCAGAAGAUCAUCAGAAGGAGGUCAGCGACGAUCCCGAGGACGAGGAACCAUGCCUGACGUUGGAAGAGAUGCCGGAGAUCAAGAAGCUCGUCAAGAAGACCGAGGCUGAUGAGGCCAAGGCCAAGCGCGUCUCCUACUUCCAGGCGAAGGCGUCCACGCUGGUUCACACGCACGUGGAGUUGGUCUCGGAAGUGGAGCCCGAUGACGUCAUCAUCCAGCGCUUCAAGGACAGCGCCGCCUACAGGACCACCGGCUCCAAGGACAAGAAGAACUAUCGCGGCUUCUUCUACGGCCCGAACCACUGCGGGGAGCCCAGCUCGAAACCGCACGCGCGCCCUCCUUCGCUCCGGGGGAACGGCGAACACCUGAAGAAGUUGUUGUCGCUGGCGUUGAGGGCCACCGAUUUCCAGAUGGGUGAUCGGGACUUGUACUUCAUCUUCGACGCCGGCCGCGAGGGGCGAGCCCCAGGUAACAAGACGACCUUGCUGAGCGGCUUCGUGGACUCGGAGGGUGCGCAGAUGGUGAAGCAAAUUCGCCAGGUGUAUCUGCAUUUCGACAUGGAGUCCCUCGAUGCUCGUCUGGACGUCCGCCGGGGGCAUUCGACAGUUAACCAGGUAGAGAAAGUUUAUGUCGUGUCGAAGCACGUGUUGGAUUUGUCUGACCACAAGAGGCUGCGCUACCCCGGGGGCAACCGAGGGAAUCUAGUCGGCCCGAUCGUCGCCCCCUCGUGGACCAGCGAGCACGUCUGGCAGGAGCAGGCAGGCAGCAACAAGUGCAAGGACAAGUCGAGGUCCCCCACCGACUUGGAGGCUGUUUUCUUCCACGCGAUGCCGUUGGAGUGCGAUCAAGAGUGGCACCACUCCUACGACCUGGUCUCAGUGAUCAGUCUCGCGAGCGGGCCCUUCAACGACGCGCUCGCGUGCUUGAGGGUGAGGAAGCCGUACUUUGGGAUUGCGCUCACAGAGACGCACAUCAAGCACGGGAUCAUGUGGCUCACGAAGCAGGUGUGGAAAGCUUUCAUCACGGAAGGGAGCGGGCUCUACGAGCCCGAGCUGGCGGCCAUCGUCAAGGAGCACGAGGCGAGCGAAACUCGCAUCUACAUCUACAUGAACACCUACAUAUACACCUACAUCCACAUCUACAUCCACAUCUACAUCUACACCUACAUCCACAACCACAUCUACACUUACAUCUACAUGUACAUCUACAAGUUCGCAUUGCUGUUGGUUGCGUUGGGCAGCAAUGGCAAGUAUCUGGUCGGGAGUUUCUGCUCGGGCUACCACGCCCCAUGUAUGGCGCUGGAGUCCUUGAGGAUCGCGCCGCAGUUCGAGAACGCAUUCGCAUGUGAUGUUGACGGAUUAUGCCGCCUGGUUCUCGAGAAGAACCACCGUGGCCUUCGCCGCGGCAACGUCUUCGGCGACAUCAAGGGCAUCAACAUGCAGCAGCUCGCUAAGGCCUUCACCGCUGAUGACCAGCUCUUCUUGUUGACGGCAGGUUUCCCGUGCCAGCCCUUCUCGAUGGAAGGCUAUGGUCUUGGUGCAGACGAUCAUCGUUCCAUUGCCGAGUACGUGGUGGCUGGGAUCAAGGCGCUGCUGCCCAAAGGGUUUUUAUUAGAGAACGUCGAAGGGCUGCUCGCCAGCCACGCGCACACAUUCCACAAGAUCUUGUCCGCCCUCAAGGAGAUCAAGGGCAAAGGGUCCAAGGGCUACAGCUUGUGCUACAAGGUUCUAGACUCCCAGACUACAUCUGGCCUUCCCCACUCCCGGCGCCGGCUUUUCAUAGUCGGCAUAUGGAAAUCGCUGGAGGAGCAAUUCGGCUGCUUCAAGUGGCCCGCCGACGCCCUCGCCGUGGAUCCCCUGGACAAGUACCUCGAUGCCGACAACAAAGGCACCGCCCUCCCGGAAUCCAGGACCGCCCUCGCCAACUACACGAAGUGCCUGGAGAAGAUCGGCGGCCCGAACGCAGCGAGCAAGUUGAAGAGAGGAGACUACGUUGGCGACCUCAUGAUGGGCCUCACUCGGAGGGUGAACCUGAUGAAGAACGUGUGCCCAUGCCUAACCCGCCAACACGCAGGAGGGAAUUCUUACUGGUUGUUUUCCCGCAGUAGGUAUCUCAAUUUGAACGAGAUGAUGAAGCUCCAGGGCAUCGAGCGGGGCACAGCGCGCCUCGUCAGGCCGGAGCGCGUGUCAGAUCGCCAGAUGAGAAUGAUGGUCGGUAAUUCGAUGGACGUGAAGACGACGUCGCGGAUCUUGAUUCAGAUGUUCAGGGCGAUGGGUUUCUUCGCUGCGACGUUAACGUGGCUGCGAGACCCGUACUUAAAGCAAAUCUCGGAGACUUUCAUCCUUAAAAGAACGUCAAUCAUGAAGCGCAUCCAACACAGCGACGUGUACCGUGCUCGUUUCCAGAAAAAUAUUAAGCUGCAGCGCUACAGCAGGGAGCGCGCCGCAAACAUGAAGAAAUUGUCCAGUGCGAACCACCGCUUCGACAGGGGCGCGUUCCACUUCGACGCCCUUGUGAAGACGGCGCAGCAGCUUCAGGACGAACGACAUGGCAAUGAAGAAUCGAAGGACGCAGAGCGUUUCCUGCGUCUCUUGGACGUGGAGUCAUGCCUCACCUUCGCUAUGCUGGCUGACGCUAGCGUUGAGAACCUUGCUCUGACUAGGUUUUUCGAUUGUGAAGACUUCGACAAAUCAAGCGCUGGCCUCGAUGUGCAUUUUCAGCUUGGCAAAACCAUCGAGAAAGUUGCUGCUAUGCCGAAUUUCAGCGAUCACAUGGCCAGAGUUGCUCACUUAUGCCAAGUCCCUGAGACGGAGCUGCGGGUUCAAUAUGAUGAUUUCUUGCCAGUCGCCCUGAGGGUGGCCGAGACUGCCGGGGCGUCGACCAUCGACGCGUGGAGGCUAGCGGUCGAGGCCAUGACCCGCGCCCGGCGCAUUGCGAUGGCGCACCCUUCAGACGCCUUGAUGGCGUGCUUGGUGCGAUUCGGUGGAUAUGGGCAAAGCUCGUCCGGCGUGGAGCGGCUGUUCGCCAAGGGCCACAUCACGGCCGGUUUCUGCCGGGCCGAUCUCUCCGAGCAGCUCAUCAACGACGAGUUGUUCAUCAUUUGCGACGUGGAUCCCAAGUCGGACAAUGAACUCUGCGAGGCUGCCCGGGCCAUCUGGCGGGAGGUCUACAGGACCACUCGAACGAGCGACAGGCCUGUGCGAGUGGACGCUGGGCGGCCGCGACCAGUGUCAAGAGAAGACAAUAGUUUUAGCUCGUUUUUGAAACGUCGGAGCAGCGCCAUCUCUGACGCGGCCAGCAGCUCUGAGGCGAGACGCGCCCAGAUCGAGGGGAGGCUGUCGACUGAUACUGCUUCGCGGACGCCCGAACACCAGAAAGAGGCCGACUUCCAGAAGGCCAAGCGCCUGAAGCAGCUCUUGAGCACGAGCGAGUUGAACAUAGACAAGGACAUGCCGCCCAACAUGCGCGUGGCUGCUCGUUUAUUCUCGCUGUAUCAAGACAAGCUGACUGAAGAGUACAUCAGUAAGAAACGAGCCGCCUCUCGAGCCGCCGACGACCCGGUCCUCCCUGUUUUAGCUGGCGCCAGUGUUUUCGUCGAGAAGAGUUUGCAGGACAAGUUCAAGGCGCCCUGUCACGUUCGCGUGUUGAGAACUUUGGAUGCUAAGGUGGUCAAUGAUCGACUCAAUGCGAACACCUUCAUCGUGCCUGAUGCUGUACUCCUACCACAACGUAUCCAUUGGGCACUAGUCAUUGGUGGAGGAGUGGCGUGCGAUCUACAGUUUUUCGCAUCAGCAGGCGAGAGAGGUCGUUGCAUGACCUUCCAUGGCAUUGCGCAUCUCACUCGAGUUGCGUGGGCGUCCGACGAGUUCGUGAGGCUCCAUCCCGAGCUUUACCGCAUCAUGAUUUCGAAGACUACUACCUCCAAUGGCGUUUGGAAGUGGUUCCAGAAGGGCGCGUUCAUUGCCGCCGCCCACGAGAAGAUUGCGAGGAAGCGCCCGUCCGAGGUGAUGGCUUUCGCGGCGGACAGGGAACUCGCGGCCCCGGAGCCCGGCCUCAGCGAGGCGGCUCCCGACCAGUGGGAUGCCCAGGCAAUGGUGUCUGGAAUUUCCAUGGCGUUGUAUUCUUUCUUCAUCGCGAAUUGGUUGGGCUGUUGUUGUUGCGGGGCCAUGACCGACAAGAAGAAGGGGGGGAUUUACACCCAUGCCGUGAAGCCGCUGACGCCCCAGACUGCGCGUUCGGACAUAUUGUUCUAUUACAGCGCUGUGCAUUGUAAUCUCUUGAAUGAAAUCAUGAACUCGCCUUCUUUGCGAGACGAGUUAUGGGACCUCCUUCACUCUUUGUACACCGCGCCUCAGAGCGUGCAAGCUGUGGAAACUCACCCGAUUGAGGACGUGGACUGGAGCUAUUGGGAGCGCCGCCUACUCGACGGCGACUUCACGUCGGACACGUCGAGGGCAGCCUGCCUCGCCAGCUCGCGAACUUGUAUCGGCGACAGCUGCAGAACAUCGAUAUUAAGGCCCGUGGCGGUGCAAAGCAAUCGGCGCGACGAGGGCCGCCAGCCGAGGUACUGGAAGCUCAGGGCGACUACAUGCGCGGGGAACGUGGCAGUCACCUACGGCUUCCUGGAG